CCAACUCCCAGACCUACUCCAGGCCCCACACCAGGACCUACCCCUGGUCCAUCUCCAGGCCCCACUCCUGGUCCCACCCUGGACCAACACCAGGACCCACUCCCGGACCCACUCCUGUCAUUGGUGCUGGAGCAUCCAUGCAUUCAAGUAAGUGCAAGCCCUUUGUACGUUGUGUUGGUCCCCAGCCAGUUUGCUGCCCCUGAUCCCUGGAACAAAAUCCCAAGUUUUGCCUCUUCUGUCCCCCCAUUGCUAAUCUAGCUAGCUAGAAGUAGACCCCCCUUUGAGGAGCCAUUACAUACAGGACGUCAAAGCUGGACUGGACUGCGAACUUCUGGGUCUUGCCAGUUCCCUUUUGCUACGUCACUUCCACUCAUAGGUCCAACGACGAAUACAUGAGGCACAAUAACCCUCUUUAGUGACUCUGCCAUUUGGUUACUUAGGAAACGAAGCAUUUCACUGUUUUCUUUGAGUCAUCCUUGACUGGGGCAGCAACUUAGAGGAAGACCCUUCUUGACUGACAGGACCGCGAUCACAAAUUUAAAAAUUCAACUUGCAACCUCCUCCUCGAUCGUCUUCUUGAAGAAGCAUCCCACCAUGACGACAAUGAGGCCGUCUCUAGCAGCUUUAUUACUCCUGCUGCUGCCCUUGUUGUCUUGUUAUGCGGAAACCGUGGGACUGGAGUCGGUGAAGAAACGAGAAAAUGGCCCGAUUCCACCCAACACUCAACGAGCUCCAAGUCGCGAACAACCCGCCAAGAACAAGGGUCUUCCCAAAGCGUUGGCCAGUGGCACGCAGUACAUUAUCGGUGGCGAAGUGGUGACGUCCCGAAGUGAAUAUCCCUACUUUGUCCAAUUGCCGGGAUGUGGAGCUUUUCUCAUUCAUGAUGAUAUCGCUCUGAGUGCCGCCCAUUGCGACGUGGUGAUCCAACCCCUCAAUACGCGUGUCUUGGUGAAUGGGAUUGAGGUCGAUACGGGUAUUCAACGAACCGUGGACCGCAGCCUUCAGCACCCCCUGUACGAUGGGUGGCGAUCCGACUAUGAUUAUCUCGUCUUGAAACUCGACUCCAGCGCAUUGGUGGAUGCGAGUGGCAAUCCCACCGGCGCUGCCAAGGCGGAAUUGAAUGCGGAACGAGAAAUUCCCGCUCCUGGUGAUACACUGACGGCCAUUGGGUACGGUCGUUACGACAAUGAUUCGUACGAAGGCAGCGACGUCUUGUUGGAUGUCGAUUUUGAAUACAUUGACGACGAUACCUGUACGGAACGAUGGGGACCCGACUAUUUUGUCCGGGACGUCAUGUUUUGUGCCGGUGUACUAGAAGGAGGCGGUAAGGGAAGUUGUAAUGGCGACAGUGGUGGUCCCGUCUUGGAUCAAAACACGGGUACCAUUGUGGGGAUUACAUCGUACGGCAGUGGCAAGGAAUGUGCGUCGGCGUCCCGUCCCAACGUCUACGCGCGUGUAUCGGGGGCAUCGACGUGGAUUCGCAAUACCCUCUGCGAAUUGACGGACUAUCCUCCCGAUUAUUGCGACGGAGAUGGUGGUCCUACAGUGCCCGAUCCCGGUCCGGGGGAUGUCUCCAUUUAUUUUGAUCUCGAUGGCAAAGCCAAUGAAACUGGAUUCUCCUUUACACACGAUGAUUCGGGAUAUGUCUAUGCCUACGCGACCUUUAAUGAAUCCAUGAACAAUCAAGAAUACUCCAUCAGUCUACAAGAUUUGCCCGUCGGAAACUAUACGCUGGCCGUCAAUGAUGCCGCGGGAGAUGGAUUUUGCGACUAUUUCAGCGGCGCCGGCUGUCAAGGUGCCUUUGCCGUCGUCGACGACAAUUCCGAAUCCAAUUUUCCCGUUUACAUUAACGACAACUUUUACUAUUACUACAUUGGCGUCAAGUUGGAAAUUGACAAUGACGGUGUGCUCGAAUAUCGUUAUGAAACCUAUUGGCCCGGAUCGUCCUUUGAACCAGCCGACAAUUAUCCCCAAUUGUACGAUGAACUCUGGCCCGGACCGCAUCCCACCGAACCUUCCAGUGUCUACAUUAAUCUCAAACACGAUGAUUUUCCCGGAGAAACACGAUGGCAUCUCUAUCAACACAGUGGCGGUCAUACGUGGUCCACAGUCACGUCGUACGAUGGUGGGACAGAUGCACCCUUUAACGAAUUGGUCUCGGUCGAAUUGAAAGACUUGGAAUCGCCGGGUUGGUACCAUUUCUCCAUUGAAGAUUCGCGGGGAGACGGUAUUUGCUGCUACUACCGACGUGGAUGGGUCGCCAUUACGGCCGUUCUCGAGGUCACCGAGAAACCCGGCAUGGUAUGGGGAAACAAUGGUGAAUUUGGAGAUGGAACCGAAAUCUUUUUCCAUUUGGACGAAAACGGCAUGGUCAGUGAGUUUUCCGCGCAGCGUCCCAGUGCCGCGAGGUUGUAGACGGCUGGUGGCAUGUGGUAGCGUAGACACUCUUUGCCGAGCUGUCUUGCAAUAAAGGGGACAGCGAGAAAGCAAAUUAGGAGAACCAAAUCAACAAACAAACCAACUAGAAGAACCAAACUCUAGAGAUCAUAAGUGCUCUGGCAGGUGAAAUUAGAAUGAAACUUUUGUCAAGCUGAAUAGAUUGGUGCUCUCAGCCAGAACUCGGGGAAAGGGCACUGUGUCUGAUCUUUCCUCGCUUAAUAAAAAAAAGAGAGCUAGCUGGUGGUAACAGACGAGGCAAAACACGUUCAAAGGACAACUAGAAGCAAAUCUGGGUUCCAAGCCGCAGAACAAAUAGAGCUGGAACGAAAAAGAACCCGGCCCAGCAUUUGGUUGUUUUGCCUUGAGUUCUGGCUCCUUCCAGCUGGCAAGGGGCUGGCAAUUCGUUUCUCAAGCUAGCUAGAGGGAGUCAGCAGUGAAGGGGAAACGACCAAAGGCUGCAUCGGUGGCUGAGCUUUUGCUGUCUGGGCUGUAUAGCCGGAACAAUAAAAGAGGCACGGUACGGAUGAAAGCUCCGAGCCCUGCAAUCCACAAGGAAACGACGCCUUCAUUGUUGCUCUAUGUUCUUUUGGCU